AUGAUAAAAAAUUUAAAAAAUCGUUUAAAUAAGCUUUGUAAUGGAGAAGAAAUUUAUCAUAAAAAGAAACAAAAAUGGGAUAAAAAAGAAAAAUUCGAUAAAAUUGAAAAGAUUUUGAAUGUUGCUGAGGAUGCUGAUGGAGAUAUUUGUUUUUUGGUAAAAUGGGAAAAUCAUGGUCCUAGUGAAAAUAGUUGGCUUGCCUAUGAGGAAAUCGGACAUUAUCCAAUAACAAGAGAAUAUAUAAAAGAAAUAAUUGCUAAUGAUAAUAAUAAAAUACAUGAAUGCUUUUGUAAGUAUUGUGGAGAACGUAAAGGGAUUGAAUCUAAUUCAAUUCAAUGUAUAGAAUGUAAUUUUUGGGUUCAUGGAGAAUGUGCAGGUUAUAAAAAAGGUGACAUAAGAAAAAUGGAAAAAAGUGAAUUUAAAUGUAAAUAUUGUGUUAAAGAAGAGGAAGAGGAAAAGAAAAAAUUAGCUUUAAUUGGGAUAUAA